UCGCCAGACCCCAGACAGCGGGGAGAUGCCGCGGUAUGAGCUGUGUGUGAUCCUGAAGGCGAUGCAGAGGCCGGAGACCGCGGCGGUGCUGCGGCGCACGGUGGAGACGCUGCUCGCGCGCGGCGCAGUGGUCCGGAGUCUGGAGAGCCUCGGCGAGCGCAGGCUGCCCUACAAGAUCUCCAAACACGACUCUCGACACACGCACGGAGGAUACUUCUCCGUGGACUUCCACGACUCGCCGAGGAUCGUCAGCGAGCUGCUGGAUCACCUCGAGCGGGACAUUGACGUGCUGCGCCCGACAGUCCUAAAGAAAGACCCCGAGCGUCUUCAGGCGCUCUGCUGCGGAGCACAGGCUGAGAGAGCACACACUGCCACCUCCAGAUAAACGACUGGCGUCUUCUGCUGGAUCGUAUGAAUGGACUUUUGUAACAAGACAAGCUAAUAAAUGUCUGCAUCCUUUUUAUAGUUUUGGAGAAAUGCAUUUACUUCAGCUAAUUAUGUGUUGUUUAUUUCCACAAAGAACUAUACAUAUGGCCUCUUUGCGGGAUCAGUAUUUUUGGAAUAUUUAAUAUUAAUAUGACUGCUUCAAUACUGACAAGCUCAUAAAUAAAUAACAUAAAAAUGAA